GGAAAAGCAACUGAGGUUCUAACUUUCGGAUGCUGAAUCCUCGGCUAAUUGAAAUUACUGGGCACAAUGCUAUAUAUAGCCAAUGAAGAGAUUCUGAGCUCUCACUCAGUGCCUUCAAGACAUGUCGUUUUGUAGUCAGAGGAAACAGGGAUCAAUGCAUUUUCAAACUGACAGAGGGAACGGAUGCUCCUUAGCAGCACAUGCCCAGGAUCGUGUGUGUGGGGCUUGCGCUGUGCUGAGAAGCUGAUCACCGGCCCAUAUGCCCCUUAUUUACUGCAAUGUUCUUUGCAUGUUAUUGUGCACUCCGGACUAACGUGAAGAAGUAUCGAUACCAAGAUGAGGACGGGCCACAUGAUCAUUCCUUACCUCGGCUAACUCAUGAAGUAAGAGGUCCAGAACUGGUGCAUGUGUCGGAAAAGAACCUCUCUCAAAUAGAAAAUGUCCAUGGAUAUGUCUUACAGUCUCACAUUUCUCCUCUGAAGGCUAGCCCUGCUCCUAUAAUUGUCAACACAGACACUUUGGACACUAUUCCUUAUGUCAAUGGAACAGAAAUUGAAUAUGAAUUCGAAGAAAUUACAUUGGAGAGGGGAAAUUCAGGUCUGGGAUUCAGUAUUGCUGGAGGGACAGAUAAUCCCCACAUUGGAGAUGACCCUGGCAUAUUUAUUACGAAGAUUAUUCCAGGAGGUGCUGCAGCAGAGGAUGGCAGACUCAGGGUCAACGAUUGUAUCUUGCGGGUGAACGAAGUCGAUGUGUCGGAGGUUUCCCAUAGUAAAGCAGUGGAGGCCCUUAAGGAAGCAGGCUCUAUUGUGCGACUGUAUGUGCGUAGAAGACGACCCAUACUGGAGACUGUCGUGGAAAUCAAACUUUUCAAAGGGCCGAAAGGUUUAGGCUUCAGUAUUGCUGGAGGGGUGGGGAACCAGCACAUUCCCGGAGACAACAGCAUUUAUGUAACAAAAAUUAUAGAUGGUGGAGCUGCACAAAAAGAUGGAAGGUUGCAAGUAGGAGACAGGCUGCUAAUGGUUAAUAACUAUAGUUUAGAAGAAGUUACACACGAAGAGGCUGUAGCGAUAUUGAAGAACACAUCUGAUGUUGUUUAUCUAAAAGUUGGCAAACCCACCACCAUUUAUAUGACUGAUCCUUAUGGGCCACCGGAUAUUACUCACUCUUAUUCUCCACCGAUGGAAAAUCAUCUACUGUCUGGUAACAAUGGCACGUUAGAAUACAAAACUUCCCUGCCACCCAUCUCUCCAGGAAGGUACUCACCAAUUCCAAAGCACAUGCUGGUUGAAGAUGACUACACCAGGCCUCCGGAACCUGUUUACAGCACUGUGAAUAAACUGUGUGAUAAGCCUGCUUCUCCCAGGCACUAUUCCCCUGUUGAGUGUGACAAAAGCUUCCUUCUCUCAACUCCCUACCCCCACUACCACCUAGGCCUGCUCCCUGACUCUGACAUGACCAGUCAUUCCCAGCACAGUACUGCAACUCGCCAGCCUUCGGUGACUCUCCAACGGGCCAUCUCCCUAGAAGGGGAGCCUCGCAAAGUAGUCCUUCACAAAGGCUCCACUGGCCUGGGCUUCAACAUCGUGGGCGGGGAAGAUGGAGAAGGUAUUUUUGUAUCCUUCAUUCUGGCCGGUGGACCAGCAGACCUGAGUGGGGAGCUCCAGAGAGGAGACCAGAUCUUAUCGGUGAACGGCAUCGAUCUCCGAGGAGCGUCUCAUGAGCAGGCAGCUGCAGCACUGAAGGGGGCUGGGCAGACAGUGACAAUCAUAGCACAAUAUCAACCUGAAGAUUACGCUCGAUUUGAGGCCAAAAUCCAUGACCUUCGAGAGCAGAUGAUGAACCACAGCAUGAGCUCCGGGUCCGGGUCCCUUCGAACCAAUCAGAAACGCUCCCUGUAUGUCAGAGCCAUGUUUGACUAUGACAAGAGCAAGGACAGUGGGCUGCCUAGCCAAGGACUUAGUUUUAAAUAUGGUGACAUCCUCCAUGUCAUCAAUGCCUCUGAUGAUGAGUGGUGGCAAGCCAGAAGGGUCACACUAGACGGGGACAGCGAGGAGAUGGGCGUCAUUCCCAGCAAGCGGAGGGUGGAAAGAAAGGAGCGUGCCCGAUUGAAGACAGUGAAGUUCAAUGCAAAACCUGGCGUGAUUGAUUCCAAAGGGUCAUUCAAUGACAAGCGUAAAAAGAGCUUCAUCUUUUCACGAAAAUUCCCAUUCUACAAGAACAAGGAGCAGAGUGAGCAGGAAACCAGUGAUCCUGAACAACACGUCUCUUCUAAUGCCAGCGAUAGCGAAAGUAGCUGCCGAGGACAAGAAGAUCUCAUUCUUUCCUAUGAACCUGUCACAAGGCAGGAAAUAAACUACACCAGGCCGGUGAUUAUCCUAGGCCCCAUGAAGGAUCGAAUUAAUGACGACUUGAUAUCUGAAUUUCCUGACAAAUUUGGCUCCUGUGUGCCUCAUACUACGAGGCCAAAGCGUGACUAUGAAGUUGACGGCAGAGACUAUCACUUUGUCAUUUCUAGAGAACAAAUGGAGAAAGAUAUCCAAGAGCACAAAUUUAUAGAAGCUGGACAGUACAAUGACAAUUUAUAUGGAACCAGUGUGCAGUCUGUGAGAUUUGUAGCAGAAAGGGGCAAACACUGUAUACUUGAUGUAUCAGGAAAUGCUAUUAAGCGGUUACAAGUUGCCCAGCUCUAUCCCAUUGCCAUCUUCAUAAAGCCCAAGUCUCUGGAACCUCUGAUGGAGAUGAAUAAGCGUCUGACAGAGGAACAAGCCAAGAAAACCUAUGACCGGGCAAUUAAGCUAGAACAAGAAUUUGGAGAAUAUUUUACAGCUAUUGUACAAGGAGAUACCUUAGAAGAUAUUUACAACCAAUGCAAGCUUGUUAUUGAAGAGCAGUCUGGACCUUUCAUCUGGAUUCCCUCAAAGGAGAAGUUAUAAAUUAGCUACUGCACCUCUGACAACGACAGAAGAACAUUUAGAAGAACAAAAUAUAUAUAAUAUAACACUUGGAGGCUUUUAUGUUUUUGUUGCAUUUAUGUUUUUGCAGUCAAUGUGAAUCCUUAUGAAUGUACAACACAAACUGUGUGAAGCCAUGAAGGAAACAGAGGGGCCGAAGGGUGGGACGGAAAAGACUUUACAGUAUGCAGGAAGGCUUGGGUUUGCUCAAAGUACCAGGUGUAGGGAUGAACCCUGAUGGGCUCUCUGCCCUAGAGAUGGGCAGCCUUCUCACCCCAGCAGAUGUCCAGAGCUGAUUUAGCUGCUCAGCUCUCUGUGUUUGCUUUAAGAAAAGUUGCCAGCACUUGAACCUUACCAACCUACACCCCUUACCCACCUCUGUAAUUGGUACACUUUGAAUUUUAUAACUAUGCACAUCCUUUGAUUUCCUAACAAGCAAAGGAAAUAGGGAAAACAGAAAGGAGUCCCUUUGAAGGCGACAUACUAUCAGGGGAGGAUGAUUGCUUAGUUUCCUUGGCUGGCAUGUGCAAAGACAAGCGUGUCGUGUGUGGAAGACUAACCUUACUGAGGAGGGGAUUCCACCUGGCCUAGCUUUAUGACUGUCAAUUGUCUAUUUUGCCAUUUAUAAGCUGAAAGAAGGCACUAAAGAUGAGAAUAAUUUAUACAAUAAAUAUAUUAAAUGUAUAGAAAUGAAUUUCUAUAGGUUAAAAAGUUUUGUGAAAUAUUUUGUAAAGACUAAAAAACAUUGAAAGACUAAAUGUACGCACUCUCAGCAGAUGAUCAAAUUCAAGAAUUUGAGGCUGCACUCUCCCUUUUGCUGCCAAUGAUCCAUUCAGAGCAUCUGAGUUCCCUCCAGGUCUGACAAAGACUUCCCCUCCCUCCCCUCCCCCACUGCCCAUGCACACUAGCACACUAGUGAUACACUCUUACAAAACAUGGCCCUUAAUAAGUUGCCCUCAUGGGUAGUUUUAGAAGAGAUUUUUGUUACAAUUCUUUAAGCCCAUGGCUUUUCAGAGACAAACUCAAGCAAAUAAUCAAAAGGGAAAGAUUGCUUUCCUCUAGUUAAAUAGCCUGAGCCUGCCACGCAGAUAGUCAAAUAACUUUGUUCCUAGUUACUUGCAUACAGUUCAAGAACUAUUCAGUAUUCUGGCAAACCAUAAGUCAUUAGAAUUAUCUUUUCUUAGUUUCACAGAGCAAUUGAAGUGUUUUGUAACAGCCCUAGUUGGCAUUACAAGGGGAGAUCUGUCCUAAGAUGCACUAUUUCUCUGAGGAAGAGAAAAAAGAGAAGUUAUCUAGUUGGGAGUGGUGAGGGAUGCACUUUGUUUCAGUAUAUAGGGCAAAGAGAACCACAAGAAAAGGACGAUUUAUGACUUUGAGCUCAACCAAUUGAAUUGCCUUCCUUAGGGCUGCACCUGGACCAAGUUUAUUUUUCUAACAAUUAUACUAAUAAUGAUUUUAAAAGAGAAACCUCCCAAAGCCUAUAAGCUGAAACACAGAGUUAGCUUCCCACUUUAGCGCUGAUGGUGUCGUCAGCCUGGUUCUGCCCAAGGUGUUUAGAGAGAGACUUUUUAGUGUUAUUAAUAACCACUCAUGUCUGGGUUCUAUGCAUGCCCGGAUUAAGCCCCAUCGCCUUAUUUCUGGGGUACAUCAAGACCUGGCAGGGAUUCUGCCACACUGUGCAGCCAACCAGCACAUAGGCUGGAGUACAAGAACAAAAGACAGAGCCAUCAGAGUGAUGGGGCUUCUUCUAAGUUAGAACAUCGGAGCUUAAAACUGAGAGUCUCUUUCCAAAAUCAAGGGUCAUUCAUCUUUUACUAAAUACCAUCAUCUGCCCAGCUGCAGUCACCGAAACAAACAUUAAAUUGCAAAAGUAAGCACCUAUCUAUAGUCUUGAGGCUGCCUUUGCCAAAUGAAGGGGUACCAAGCAGCCAUGUGUAUUUUUUUCCCUCAAUUUUCUAGAGAUAGCCUUAGAGGGCUCAAAAUGCUAAAAGAUGUGUCCAUGUCUGCAACUCACCAGUUUCAGGUCACGGCCAACUUCCAUCAAUAUAGCUCUCAGAAGUUUUCUGACACUAGAAUGCCAUUCCUGAUCCCAGCUCCCUUUAUAGGCCACCAUGAUAACUUCUUUGGUUUCUCCACUGAGCAUGCAACCAUUUACCUUAGAGGACUGUCAUUAAUGAGUAGAUGUUUUCUCUAGUUGUGUGAUGUGCUUUCCAUUCGAUAGUAUUGCUGUGGCUGAGUACAAUCAAAUUGAACCACAAACCAUUGGUUUUGUA